AUUUGGGUAGUUCGUUUUAAACUUCAAGACGUAUCACAUACUAAAAAUACGUCGUUGCUGCACCAAGUCCUUAUCGUGGAAUGCAAAAUCACAAGCGAGGACGAGCACAAUUCCAUGUUGUGGAAUGCAAUCUCGUCUCGUCACCCGUUGGAAAACGUGGAGAAAUAAAAGAAAUACACACACAAACAUGUGGGUGCACAACCAUUUUUGUGAAAUCUACAGAGCAAAACUGCAUAUUCGGCUGAAGCAUCGCAUUUUGCUUUCCCUUCUUUGAGAAUUUGGGUUUCUGUGAGCAAGUCGCCCCCAAAUCUUGUGUUUAGGGUUUUGCCAGAAAGAGGAAGGGAAUCCUUUUUCCCCAGAGUCCUUCCCUUUGUCAAUAUUUUCAAUUGAAAGGGAGGGCUUGGCAGAUUUUUCUUCUCCUCCAACUUCCGAUGAGGAAACUUUGUCCUAAUUUUGAUAACGAAGAUGGAUUGGAGACAGUGUUGGAGGUGCCAUUCCCUGAAGAAAUGUUGCUAUGUUUGGGGGGCUCUACAUCCACUCGUUGGAAGAAUCUGCGAUCUCUCAUGAAAGCUCAACCCAUUGAUAGGUAUUCGCAUCUCUCUUCUACCUCAAGAAAUGAAUUCAUGGCAUUGCUUAAGCUUGUUGGCUCUCCCCUUGUUCCGGUUCAAGUUCAAUCCGAUCAGACUUUAUUAACGCGGCCUCUCAGAGGUUGUUCCAUCGCGGAUUCCACCGCCAAAUACAUAGUACAGCAAUACGUAGCAGCUACUGGAGGACUAGCUGCUCUGAAUGCUCUGAAAAGUAUGUAUGCAAUGGGACAAGUGAGAAUGUUUGGGUCUGAGAUGCAGAUGGGAGAAGAUAGCGUGCACACAAGAGGUAGGCCUGAAGUAGGGGGCUUUGUACUAUGGCAAAAGAACCCAGAUUUGUGGUUUCUGGAAUUAGUCGUUUCCGGUUUCAAGGUUAGUGCCGGCAGUGACGGGAAGGUAGCCUGGAACCAGUCGUCUUCUCAACCUUUUAACGCAAACAAAGGCCCUCCUAGACCCCUUCGCUGGUUCUUUCAGGGGUUGGAUCCAAGGUACACGGCCAACUUGUUCCUGGACGCAGAAUGUGUAGGAGACAAAGCCAUAGGAAAUGAAGAAUGUUUCUCUCUUAAGUUAGAUACGUCGAUGCACAUUCUGCAAGCACAGAGCUCGCCCCAUACUGAAUUCGUGAGACACACAAUAUGGGGAUACUUUAGCCAGCGAACGGGGCUACUUGUCAAAUUUGAGGACAGCAAGCUGGUGAGGAUGAAGCCCCCCAAGGGAACUAAUAGUGGCUUCGUGUUUUGGGAAACAAACAUAGAGUCUGUGAUGGAGGAUUAUAGGUAUGUUGAUGGCAUUAACAUAGCCCAUGGCGGGACUACGGUGGCGACGCUUCACAGGUACGGUGGGUCACAUAAUCACAAGAGGAAAAUCGAGGAGACGUGGAAGAUUGAAGAGAUUGGUUUCAACGUUCCUGGGUUGUCCAAUGAUUGCUUUCUGCCUCCCUCUGAUCUCCACGAGGGAUCAUGAUUCCUCAGAACAACUUGUAGGAGUGACUUAAUUAGGAUUUUGCUUUUCCCUUUCUCAUUUUCUCAGCUUCUUGACUCUCCCAGCAACAGCUGUAAGAAAAUGUGUGUGCAUAGACAAAGUAAAGGUCCACAGAACAUUUCUGAGACGGAAUUCUUCUACACGUUUUUGGCCG